GUGGCAGCGGCUGGAGUGUCACCCGUUUUCCCACACCUCGAUGGAGCAAAGCACCGCUCGCCAUCAUGAAAGAACUCCCUCCGUGGAUUACGGACUGGAUGAGGCGUCACAACAGACGAGGGGCGCCUACAAAGACGGCCCAAGAAGCACGCGACAUGGAAGAAGAAGUAGAAGAUGAAGACGAAGCAAUGGACACAGGCCACAUGGAGCCCGAGACCGGCACCGCCAACCCCCUGUGGAUGAAUCAGGAAUCAAUUGGAUGUCCCAAGUCAUCUGCUUCCACCAGAGGAAAAAUAUCUUCUUCCCAAGCCACGCCUUCCACAUCUGCGCCACGAGGAGAUGGCACAUUAGCACAGGAAUACCACACAGCAGCACAAGCAGAUGGCACAGCAGCACAAGCAGAUGGCGUAACAGAAGGAGAUGCUGUAGCAGGAGGAGAUGAUAUAACAGAAGGCGAUGAUAUAACAGAAGAUGAUGACAUAACAGAAGAUGAUUAUAUAACAGAAGAUGAUUACAUAACAGAAAAUGAUGACAUAACAGAAGAUGAUGACAUAACAGAAGAUGAUGAUGUAGCAGGAGAUGGUGUAGCACAAGAAGAUGACAUAGCAGAAGGAGAUGAUGUAGCACAGGAAUACCACACAGCAGCACAAGCAGAUGGUGUAGCAGCACAAGCAGAUUUAGUAGUACAAGAAGAUGAUGUAGCACAAGCAGAUGGUGUAGUACAAGAAGAUGAUGUAGCACAAGCAGAUGGUGUAGCACAAGGAGAUGAUGUAGCACAAGGAGAUGAUGUAGCAGGAGAUGGUGUAGCACAAGAAGAUUGUGCAGCAGAAGAAGAUGACAUAACAGAAGGAGAUGACAUAACAGCAGGAGAUGGCGCAGCACAAGAAGAUGAUGUAGCAGGAGAUGGUGUAGCAGGAGAUGGUGUAGCACAAGAAGAUGACAUAACAGAAGGAGAUGAUGUAGCAGGAGGAGAUGAUGUAGCAGGAGAUGGUGUAGCAGGAGAUGGUGUAGCAGGAGAUGGUGUAGCACAAGAAGAUUGUGCAGCAGAAGAAGAUUACAUAACAGAAGGAGAUGACAUAACAGCAGGAGAUGAUCAGGAGAUGGCGCAGCACAAGAAGAUGACGUAG